ACUGUUCCAUAUCUGACCACUGUGUACUUGCCACGUCACCUUGUUAAAGGUGAAGGCUAUGAUUUAUGAUGGACAUCUGUUCUGCUGAGGAGAACUGUCUGAGAAAAGGUUGUUUUUCACAUUUGAGUCGUGCUUGUUAAAAUUUCUUGUGUUUAUGUGGGGCGGAAUCAUUUGGUCUUUGUGCAGUGGUAAAAUCACCUUUUCUUUCUGAUUGAGGAAUGUUGAAACGUGUUGUUUCAAAACGGGGAAGUUAAGUCGGAGUUUUCAUACCGCAUUGGCCCAGUCGUGCCGAGAGCGAUCAUGUAGAUUGUGCAAAACUCAAGAAUAACCAGUGAUUAGAAUUAAACUUUAAAACUUGUGAACUUAAAAAACAGUAUCAUAAUUUACUUCCGAAAUGUUGGACAGGUAUGAAGACUCUGACUUCUUGCAAACUUUGCCAUCUGCUCCAUUUCUUUCUCAUUUGCAAGCACAGAUAAACAUGACAGAUCAUCACUAUGAAAUGCAACAUGAAAUAGCAGCAGGGGAUUUCUCAGCACAUAUUCGUGCCAUUGUUGCGAGUGGCCUGUACUGCCUGUCCAUUGGUCUGGGGAUGGAAACUGGACUGUUUGAUGUCAUGAUGUCACUUGGCCAGCCCAAGACGUGCCAGGAGAUAGCAAAUGCAGGCAAAUAUAAGGAAAGAUAUGUGGAGGCAUGGCUUGAUGAAAUGGUGACAGCUCAGGUGGUCAGCGUGAACCCAUCUCAGGGGACUUACUGGGUGCCAAAGGACCUCUGGCCCAGCCUGCGGAAGGACAGUAAACAGGGCCAAUCGAUCAUGUCAACACUGGCCAUUCCCAUGCUGUCUGAGGCAUUUCACAGCGUGAAAGAGUGCGUCAAGUUGGACGGCCCUAAAGGGGUCCCACCCGAGCAGUACAGCCGUUUUGACCGAUACAUUUCUGGUCGUAACUCGGUUUGGUUCAACCACUAUCUGGUGCAGUCCUUUUUAGCGACUGUGCCAGGGUUGAUGAAAAGACUUGAGGAAGGGAUAUGUGUCUUGGAUGUCGCUUGCGGCGAAGGCUCUGCUACAGCCGCAAUGGCCAAAGCUUUCCCAAAGUCCCAGUUCUACGGCUUUGACAUCUCGCAAGCUGCAGUAUGCACUGCGCAGGAAAAAGUGGCCGAGGCGCAGCUGACCAACGCUCGCGUGGUCUGUCAUGACAUCACCCACCUACCAUCAGAAUGGACGGGAAAGUUCCAGUACAUCUUCAGCCGGUCGGGCCUCCAUGACCUGCCUCACCCUCGGCCCGGCCUGGCCGAGCUCAACCGAGUCUUGUCUGACGAGGGCAUCAUGUCUGCACUUGAGCCGUCGUGUCACUCAAGCCUCGCCGCCAACCUGGACGUGGCUUCGGGGCCCAACCUCUAUGCAUUCAGUCUGAUGAAUUGCAUGCCAGUGUCACUCAGCGUGGACGGAAGCGAUGGUCUUGGGGCCGUGUGGGGCCAGGAGGCCGCCACAGCCAUGCUGGAGGAAUGCGGCUUCAAGGUCACAUCGGUGACUGAUGUCCUGGGCGAUAUCAGCAUGCAUUUGUGCUGCCAGAAGAUAAAGGCCAAAACUCUGCUGAGUCAGGGCACCACCUCUUCAGUUGAAACCAGUGAAGAUGGGCCAUACAAGGCCAAGCCCUUUUCAUCCAUUCUUGGAGAAAAAGUCAAAUGGGGUUUGGUUUCCCUUGCCCUUGCCCUCGGGGUGGAAGUAGGCCUGUUUGACAUCAUGGUCUCCCACAACCGACCAAUGUCGUGCCAAGAAAUAGCCGCUGCUGGCAAAUUCAAAGAAAGGUACGUAAGAGAAUGGCUUGGGUCGAUGGUCACGUCUAAGAUUGUCAGUAUGGAUACCUCCCAGGACCUGUACUGGGUUCCAAGGCAUCUCGUAUCGAGUUUGCUGAGGAGAGGUGUGCCAAGCAGUCCCAGUGAGUCUGUAGACUCUGUUCCAAUACUUUCAGGUGCAUUCUACAGCCUUGCACACUGCUUUAAGCUGGAUGGCCCAGAAGGUAUUCCCUCAGACAACUCCAGCCAGUUUAGCAAGUACAUCUUUGAUGAGAAUUCCAUCUGGUCUGUGUUUCUGUCCUUGUCUUGAUUUCACUCUGUCGUGGACUCUGCACCCAGAUGCGAUCUCAUUAGUGACAGAGAGAGCCCAGGAUUGGACACACUGAACUGCCUCCUUUUUCCUCAGUUUUUUUUUUAUUUUAGUGUUGAUUACCCUUUGGGAUUAACCAAACCGGCAGAAUGGUGCAUUUGUGCAUAGAUCAUGUGCACACUUGUAAGCCUUAAACCUGUUAGAUUGUGUAAAAGCUCUGUUAGUCACAGAAGUACGGAAUGUUAAAGCAAAAUGGUCCAUCCACCAUCUUGAAAAAACACCGAUCUUAAAAAUGGGAGAUGCCACCUCCUUGUUAAAAGAAACCUGGACGAGAGAAUUUUUGUUUACUUGGUCUCCCACUUCCUUCUUUUACUGUAACAGUGUUGAGACCCAAAUUUUGCAGAUGACGCACAAGAAAUGAUUAAGAAAUUGUUUUCAAAUAAUGGGAACAAACAGGAAGGAGGGCAUUGCCUCAGGUUUACGUAUUUCUCAGGGGUAGGGGAUACUGAAUCUUAAAAAGGGAAGGGGCAUGUUCCCCUGUUGUCCAGUAAAUAGAUGGCAAGACUGAGAUAACUAGAAUUAAAUCCGAUUCACUUUUUGGUGGUAAGGUACAGAGAAAGAUUCUGUGUAUUUCGGAUCAAGUCGAUGUAAUUCAACAUAUUCAAUAUGGCAAAAUAAACCUUAUAUUGAAUUCUUUGUCACUAUUAAGAAACAGAAAUUUUAUUUGAUUUUUACUGUAGUUAUGGAAACAUUUUUAUAUUAUGUGGAAUUCCACACAAUCUCAGUGCCAUGUGAUCUAUGAUAAGUCUGGAAACUUUCAAGGAUGUUGCCCCAUAGAGAGUAAUCAUUCAAAACAUACUACAUGGUCAGUGAUGGAGAUGUAUUUGUUAUAUGAAAAUAAGUACCUUGUGUUUUAGUUUAUUUUUUGUUUUGGGGACAUUGUUUUGUUAAUUUUUUUGUUUUGUUUUAUGAGGUUUUUUUUUCAAAAUUAUAAACAGGGAAGCUUUGUGCUGCAGCUAAAUUGCAUGGAUCACUUUGAAGGGGCUGCCAUCUGACACGAUCAUAUGAAAAACUAAAGACACUGUACAUUCAUAAAUAUAUAUUCAUAAAUAACUCAGUCUCCUUAUUCAACAGUGUGCAACUUGACCGUACAUUAACAUUUGAUAAUGUCCGCUGAGAAGUGAUAAUGCCCACUGAUGAGAAGUGAUAAUGCCUGCUGCAUAAA